GGUUGAAUUAGAUUCAUAUUAAUUUGGCUGUUUGUAGCAGAUUGAAUGUUAAUUUUUUAAUAUUGUCACAAGCAGGCUUAUUAAACAUGUCUACACACAAUUCAGAAAGUUCAACUGGCAAUAGUUCUAGUCAUGAAUUAUCUUUACAACCACGUAAAAGAGCAAAGGUGUGGGAACAUUUUGAGCAGGAGCUUGUUAUGGUAGAUGGUGUCCCCAAAGCACAGUGCAAAUAUUGUCGGUUAAUGUUGACAGCAACUAGAAAAUCAGGAACUAGUCAUCUCAUAAACCAUGUUUGCGACUCUUGUCCACUAGUUGAGGUUGAAGUUAGAAAUAGGUUCAUAGCAAUUGCUCGGAAACAACCCGUGGAAAAUUUUGUGUUUUAUCCUAGAAGGAGUGAAGAAUUGAUGAUAAAAUUUUUCAUCCAUGACGAGAUACCAUUUCGAAAAAUCGAAGAUCCUUACUUUGCUGAGUGGAUGGAGUCCAUGCAACCAACCUUUAAAGUUGUUGGUCGCCAAACAAUUCGUGAUAAGAUUUACACCUAUCAAAGCACCUGA